AUGGCAGAUCGACAACCACCAACAAUGUCGCAGUUUGCGGACGACGAAAAUUUCGCCUACUACUGGAGUUGGCUCCAUCGACAGCACCCAGAUGGCGAACUCUACCGUGUCAUCACUACCACUCCUGGUCUUCCGGAUCAAACGUGGAUGGUUGAAGACGUGGAAAGUAUGAACUGAAAUUGGCAACGAUUAGUCCAAUGACGACCAUUUUGCAGAGGCAGCCAGACAGUUGCUCCGGUCAAGAGUCGAUCAUCUCAAGGAAAUUGUUGAAGGCUAUGAAAUGACAGAUCGCGGCAUGAACAGGGAAACUGCCGUGCAAGUGUUCAACGAAUUCACAGCCGGAUGCAGGACUCUUGAAGACUUUGAAACCAGGAACUUCUCCAAAAAUAACAGGUACGGAAUCAUUAAUAACAUCUUGGUGAAUGAGCGGCGCUUUCAGGGCACAGACGAGAGAACAGAUUUCACGCUACAUCACCCCGAGUCCGAUGCUCUCGAAAGCUUCGUUGGCCGAACUGUGGCAGAAAGGAAUCCUUCCAGCGACACCGACCAUCUACUCGGCGCAAUCGGAAGAGUUCUUCUCGCAGGAGGCUAGUAACAUGUACUACACAAUGAUUUUUGGGGACUCGCGCGUUUUCCACAAGAUUAUCAAGGAAAACAGCCGGUUGGUCACAAUUUCAGCUAAAAUGAUUAUUGUUUCUCAUUUUCAGUAACCCCAACAUGCCGCCGCCUCGUGUGCAUCCAAUGCCCUACAAUCCGGAGUUCCACCAAUCGCGCAACUUUGCUCAGUUCGCACCGCCGUACCAGUGGAGACCCCAGUUCGCUUCUCCGCAGACAAUGCAGCAGCAACACGUGCCACCAAUGCAGCAGCAAUAUCAGAUGCCGCCACGUGGAGUGCAGCAAAUGCAGAUGCCGCCGAUGAACUUUCCUCAUCCGCCGCCAGGAUUCCAGCAAAUGCAACCAGGAUUCAUGCCGAUGCAACCGUACGUCCCGAUGGGUGUCCCGAUGGCUGCAAUGGGUGGAAUGGCGAUGCAGAUGCAGGGACAGGCGACACCUCCACAGGAUUCUCAGUUCAACGGCCAGAGCUACCAGCCGCCGAUGAACGGAAACGGAAACGCCAGUGGAGGCAACAACAACAACAACCGUGGACCACAACGUGGCCAGAGCAACAACCGCAAAGGCGGAAGAGGAGGACGAGUCGAACAGCAGGCCAGAAACACACAGGGUUACGAGAAUAUGACAAACUCGUCGUCGUCGUCUUCAUCUGCCGGAAAUAAUGCUCGUUCUUCGGCCAGUGAAGAGGAGGUGCCACCUCUCGAGCUUCCACAGAACGUUGAGGAGGUCUAUCCAGCUCUCAAUGGACAAGAAUCGACUGUGGAAGUGGAAGUGGAAAUUGCUGCUCCGUCCGCGGCUCCGAUCGCACCUACUGAGAUUGUUGUACCAGCUGUGAGAAAGUUCAGCGACGUCGUGAGCAGUAGUGUGACAGUCACUUCAACAUCAUCUGAGGAUAGCGCUCCACCGCCACCGUCGCCAACUUCGCCAAUCGCUGAGAUGCCAGCGCCUGUUGCUCCGGUCAUUGAGGAACCAGCUGCAGCUACCACGGAACUUGUUGUUGAUACUGCUGAACAGGAUAUUCCGAUUGUUCCACCAGUCUCUCAGAGAACGGUGGCGGAAGUUCUUCAGCAGAGUCUGGCUACCGUACCCGCUCUAUCACCGGCACCGACUGUAGCUGCUCCAGUUCUGAUGAACGGAACUGCUUCGAAGCAGGCGUCGCCUGCAGUGAAGGCAUACGCGGCUGUGGUGUCGCCGGCCAACGGAGCACGUGCGUCGCAGCCAAUCGGGGGACCGAGAGAGAAAACAGUGAGAAAGCAGCCAUCCGUGUCCUACGCUCAGAUGUUGUAUACGACGCCGAGGACUGCAUCGUCUACUGCUUCUACUGCUUCUUCGUCUGGAUCCUCUUCUCAGCCAACAACUUCCUCUGGAUCAUCGAGUGCCCCAAGAGCACCUACGGACUGGCAGACUGUUAGACCAAAGAAAGCGGCAGAGCCAAUUGUUGUCGCUCCAGUUGUUCACGUGCCGGAAGCCGUUCGCCCUGCCAAUGUAAAAGCUCCAAAGCCUGCAGAGCCCGUUGUAUCUGUGUCGGACGAUGACGACGAGGAUGUGCAUUCGGACGAUGAAGACGCUGAGAAGAAGAGACAGCGCCGCCGCAAUAAGCGUCAGAAACAGAAAGAGGCGAGUCGCCUGCAGAAGCUCAACGAGAAGGAGAUUGCUAGACAGGAGUCACUGGCCAGAGUUGAUGCGAUGAAUGGAGACGGUAAGAACUGCAAACAACCGCGUAGCUGAACGUCAACACUCAUUUUUUUAGCUCCGCGCCCGCCUACUCCACCGCCAGCUUUCGACAGAAAUAAUUUGGCAGCAAGACGCCGAAAGCGUCUUGAACUCCAGAGAAAGAACGAACAGUCGGAGCCGGCCCCCGCGCCCGCUCCCGUUGCGCCAACUCCACCAGUUCUUUCUACCCCACCUAUCAUGCCAGUACCAAUUAUUGCUGCCGGAAGUCCAAUGAGUGCCUCGAUUGCUGCUGGACAGACUGCUUUGUACGGAAUCCACGGCGGUGGUCAGUUCCGGCAUAGAUCGAGUCCUUUUGCAAUCAUUGGUCCGAACGGAUCGGCUACAAUCCCUCUCUAUCUUCCACCGCAAGACCAUGAAAUCGAAGAGUCUCCAAAAGUGCAGGAAAUUCCUAAGAAGCCGGAACCCUUUGUUCAUCUGACCCGCAGCAGUAGAGAUCCAAGAUUCAAGGAAACGGAGAUUGAUGAGAAUGCCCGAAUGAUCGAGCGCCUUCUGAUGUUUGACUCUUUACAGAAAAUUUCAGUUGUACGUUUCUUGAGCCAGAAUGCAACAUUGAUAAUAAUUCUUUGCAGCUCGAAAUGCCCGAAAGCGAUAGACUGCUGAUUGCCAAGGGGCUAGAAGACAUCAAAAAGAUGUACGUGCGUGUCGAGAAAGCUGGCAAGCUGAUUUGUUUCAAAGCUGGAUCCUCGAAAGUGGCGCAAAAAGUGGAAGACAGACUGCUCACGCUGACGAUCAAGCUUCUCAGCAACCGUGUCGAUUUGAGUUACAAUGAUGACCAGACUGUCCAUGACAUUUCAGUCAAGAUUUCUGAAGCGUCCGGAGACUUCAAUUACACAAGUAAGCAUGGGUUUCUAGGAUGGAAACAGCAAGAGUGCUAGUUUGUCAGAUUUAUAAUAAACUCAUCAUUGCAGACUUCCUGAGCGCUUUGCUGGAGUUCUCGCAGCAACGCGCGAAGCAACUACCGGAAGGAACAACCCUGCGCAAGAACUACGAGCAAACAGUGGUGCUCACCAAAGUGUUCCUCAAGCGGACGAAGACCAUCUACGAGAAGCUUCAGAAGUAUCACGACUUGGGCUCUCUAGACCCGGAACAAUAA